AUUUAUCUGUAAUUGCUGACUUCAUCGGUCUAAUAACUGUACAUGAUAAAAGUAAAUCCGGAACAAUUAUUCCUGCAUAUUAACGAUGUGGGUGAGGAUUCUCCUCGUGAUAACCACGACAGUUGCCGCUGUCGUAAAAGAAGUGAGCAUCGAAAAUUACCCCUGGCAGGUUUCGAUAGAGAAGAAUGGAGUGCACACAUGCGGAGGGACGAUGCUCCGGUCGCUCGUUCUUAUGACUGCUGAGCAUUGCGUUUAUGGCGUGCAAAAGGAAAGUCUGCAAGUACGCGCGGGAACGUCGACCCGAGAGAAGGGUGGCGAACUAAGGGGGGUUAAAACCAUCUUCGAGCACCCCGACUAUAACCCCGUCACUUUCGAAAACGAUGUCGCGAUCUUGGAGUUGGAUUCGGCUUUCGACUCUACGCGUCCCGUGGAUCUUCUCCACUCAGACAAUUCGGUAGCGGAUGACGCGGUUGGAUUAGUUAUCGGUUGGGGUAUAUCCAGCGCUGAGGACGGCGGUCGCUCGUCUCCCAACUUGAAAAUGGUGGAACUACCUAAAGUAAGCGAAGAGAAGUGCGCGGAGGUCUAUCCAAACUUUAACGCUACCACCAUGAUUUGCUUCGGUGGUAACGGCGGAGGUGACUCGUGCUUGAGCGAUUCCGGUGGACCAAUCCUUGUGUGGAGAAUGAGAAACAUAUUAGAACAGGUUGGCAUUGUUUCCCAUGCCUUUGGGUGUGGAGAAGUUGGCAAACCUGGAGUUUAUACGAGAGUCACUGCCUUUCAGGAUUUCAUUUCGGAAUCUUCGUGGAAGCCUUACCUGUAAUUGUCACAUUUCUACGCUUUUAUGUGCUCAUUAACAGUUCGAGAACUUUAGAUUACAAUAGUGAUGGUGGCGGCACAUGAAGAUGUAAAGGUAGACGAACGUAAUCGCCUCGAGUGCCCGUGCUUUUUAUUCCUACAUAACAUUUUGAUGCCGAUUUAAUUGCGCCCAUAGGUCACUCUGUUUACUACUGCCAUAAAUAGUAUACCUAUUUACCUGCGUAUAUAUAUAAAUUAAAUCAUUCGAAUUAUUAUGUGCCUUAGGGACAUUCUAAUUAGUACACGCAUUUUGGAUCUAGUUCUCACUUAGCAAUUACCUUAAAGCGGUUUUUUUUCGAUGAAUAAUUAUAAAAUUUAGGCAAGAACAGCGGUUGCAUUGUGAACUACUGAAGGAUUUGUUUGGGACAUGUUAGUCACUCCCUUGUCCGUAGCAAUAAUUUUUAAAGUCAUUAAAACGGGUUGUCCAACAUAUUUCAUGCCAACUUUUCCGAAAGGUGUUCGCGCUGAAACCCUCGAGGUGUGUAGAGUGGAUGCGGGUGAAUUUAUUACACUCUCAAGACCGUAAUUUGGUUACCGUUUAUUCUACUGUUAGCAGAUACUUUGCAUUUUUCUAUAAGUAUGAUAAUUAUAAAUUACACGUGCUCUCUUUUGUAACCACCUAUGUGGAAUGUAAUGGUGUUUCAGGGUAUCAGCAAGCCUUUUACUGUAGCCAGUUUGUAUUACUGGUAUUACUAAUUUGUCUUAGGCCCGAUCUCCACCUCCCAGUAACUUUACUCUCCGAAUAAAUUAUAUGGAUACCAUUGUUGAUACAAUCGUUGUCAAGGUACUGAUUUUCCGAAUACAUUUAUCGAGAGAUAGAAAAACCGGCCCUUAAGCUUAAUAAUCAUACAAUCUGCAGUAAGUAAUCGAGAAAUUUUUUUGUACGAGAAAUGCAAGAUGAAGAAGAAAAGACAUACCAUCAGGUAUUCGAAGGCGAAGAGUCUGAAGAAUUUAAAGAAUUUGAACAAGUCUAAUAAUUCGAAAAAUCCGCAAGAAUACACAGAAUUUUAGAAAUGUGAUAGAACCGGAAAGUAUAAAGGGUAUAUGAAGUAGGUAGAACUCGUGUAACGGUAGCUCUAAAUUUGCAUUUCAAUUUUUUCGAAAUUUCGUUGUAAAGUUAAAAAUUUUAGGAGUUUGGGCAUUGCAUAUCAUGGAAAUGUUACAGGUUGUCGAAUUGUAGAGAGUUGAUUUUCGGAUUUUCCAUAGGUGGAUUUUUAAGCCGUGUUGGAAAUUAAGCUUGCCCUUGCUGCGUAUUUUAGCUCAAGAGAGCAUUGUUUUUUAUGGCAUCCAGACGAAGGAGCGACACGAUAAUAACAAAUUAACUCAUAUUCAGUCAUUUUAAUUAUUUGGUAUUUGGUUAUAAUUGCAAGCUCGCCCAUUAGGUCACCAGGAGGAGAUUACUCACCAGGCUUCUUCUGUGCUUUCACAGUAUAACGAUUCCAAUUGGCGUAAUUAAAAAACAUGGCGGACUUAGUUGUUACAAGUGAUAUUUUAAAAGGGACGGUACUUAGUAGAAAAAUGAUAAUGAUAAUGUGGACAUUAUUAACUAGUAGUCAAUAAUGAGAUCUGUCACGCUGUCACUUUUAGAAAACACAACCCGAAACAUUUACCUGUGGGUUUCAUGUACCUAAAUCACAUUAACUUUCUUAUUUCUUAUGGACGCCAUAUUGGAUUUUGAAGUUACUCGAUAGAGAAAAAAAUUACAAAAUCGGCGAUGCCAAACACUUAGUAAAAAGCUCACUUUCCGAGAGUGAAUUAGCCGGCAGUGAAUUGUACCGCAAACUGUUGUUGGUGAAGGUUCUUGACGGGAAAUGUUCAGGGGAGAUUUUUUAGUGCGACUAUAUCAGGGGACUAACUAUUGACACCAAAUGUUUUGGGUUUGUCAAAUAAACGUAUAGUUAGAAGGAAAUGUACAAGCAGAGCAUAAUAGCGUUCUAAUUUUUGAGCUCUCAUUGACCAAGUUGACGUAAAGGAUACUUUAAAUUUGAUUUGUUAAAUAAGAACUAAAAGUGCUCAGCAAAAAUUGAAGUAGAUACUGUUUAUAAUCUCAAAAUAAUAAAGCAUUGAUCUAUUUUUGAGCACUAACAACAAAUUAAAGCACCCCAAACAAUGUGUUUGUAGUACCUAUGUCAGAUCAGCCGCCAUUCCAGUUAGUUUUGCGAAGUGUGAAAUAUGUGACCGAUUUUGAUCAUGUAUAAAUUUUGCUACCGGAUUCCCAUUGGUUUUACAAGAAGUUGUAUACUUGUUAAAUUGGAUCACGCUGUGUAACUACUUGACAUCGAUGAUGCUAUGAUUAUAUUUCAUUUCAUUCAAAUCCUGUAAGACUUCAAAAGCCUUCGUACGCAAAAUCAAAACAAACUAAUGUAAUUUGGAAAACAGUCCAGUAGCCGGUAGGGAGCAUAACCCCAAUCUACAGUAUUAAUUUAUGACUGGUAAAUUUUAUAAUUAGCCGCGCUGACAGUUAAGUAUAUUACAUUUGUUAUUAAAUGGAAACCGCUCAUCUAAUAGUUACACUCGACUGGUUAUUUAGUAACAUUCGCUUUAAAUUUUAUAAAUUUGUGACCGGUUGGGUCAAAUUCGUGAACUGUUUAAUUGGUCUUCAUUUCACUACCUAACACAUGUAAGCGUAUAACACAGUUUUAAUACAGAAUUGUUACAUUAAAUAAUCAAAGGCGUAAUAUCUAUGUCGUUUACGCAGGAUAUUCUGGAAGAUUUUGGGGCGAAGCCCCCGAGCUCCGUUUCCAAUCUCGAAAGGAAUGUUCCGUAAGUUUUACAAUCACGACCACUCCCUGUAGCUGUGUACAAUAUAUUUUGAAGUAAUUUUAGAGUAGUUGCUUUAAUUUGUUUAACAAACGUUGCGGCUAUUGAAAACAAACGGUUGUUUUUUUUGCCGAUCUAUUCCGAGAUAAUAGUAAUAACAUGGUAAGUUCGCUGCUACGCCCGUAUAAUUGAAAUUAUGGUUAGAAGGUAAGUUUGCAAGAUUUAUAAAGAGCAAAUAUAACUUUGAGUGCAAUUUUUUUUUAUUAACUAAGUACAGAAUUAUAUACACUUAGAACAUAUUGGCAAUUUUUGGAUGGAUUGUUUGCUCCAGCAGUCCUGUCAAAUUAGAUCAAAAAGGAGAGUGGAAAUUAUUUAUGAAAUCAUCCUAACACUUUUAGUUGGCGAUGAAGGUGUAUUCUCAGUUUACACUUCCAAUGAUGGUAGCCGAAAAAAUCGACUUUUCGGUAUUUCACUUAUAUACCCCCUUAUUUUCGCUAGGGCAAUGUACGACAACGAUAACAGAACAUUCAAUAUUGUGUGUCCAUUGCCCCCGUUCCAACUUUAAAAUGCGAGCAAUUCAGUAGGUCACAAUUCAUCACUAAGAAAUGACAAUUUUCUGAUGAUGAUGAGAUCCCCUUUUUCAUCGAGUCAGAUUUCUAGGAACAUUUCUUUAAAAACUCUUGAGGAGAUUUCCGAAAGGUUCUAAAGCAUUUAUAAAGUGUCUGAGGUCCAAAUAUCGUUUUUAAAAGGAUUUGUCAUUAUGUAUUUCAAGAUCUCUACGAUUUUUAGGAAGAUUGUUAUGUUUUCCGGUGUACUUCCCUCAAUGUCCCAACUACUUUUUAAAAAUACUUCUAUAAGGACUUCAAGGAUCUGGCUGUGAAGUUAGCAGUAUUAUCAUAGAAAAUUGAUUUCCGAAAAUGUGGUGGCCACACAUUGUGACCUUUCUUGUUAGAUUUCUUAGUUUCGACGUUUAUCUACCGAAUUGAUAUGGAAAAUAAUAUAUGGAUAUGGGUAACGUGAUAAACAUAAAACAACAUAAUAAAAAAAAUAACAGUGGAUAACUAGAUGUUGGACUAAUUAUCUGCUUAUCACAAAAUUUCAGGGAAUUCAAUUCCGUGGUCAUUUUCUAAUUGAGGGCUUGACUUUGAAAUUCUUUCUUAAAAGAGCUUUGGAAUUUGUAAAUUGAAAAAGAGCUCCAAUUCAUUUACGAAAUUCAGAAGAUCUACAAAAGGUUAUAAUUAAUGUAGCCCCAGAACUAAAAACUGAGGACACUUGUUUUCACAAUGAAUUUGAUGCUCCUCGAAAACAAAACUUAUAUCUGAAGAGGAUAUAUUUUUUUAAUUUGAUACUGGGAUAUCUUCCAAUUGGUAUUGUAGAGCCGUUUAUGGAGCUUUGUAUUUUUGGCAAAUUCUCUGUGGAAGUAAAGGAAUCUUUUCUAAAAUGCAUUAGCAAGUAUGAGAGGAGUACUUUAGAACUAUAGCUUUAGCCGAUUUCGAAAAAAUAGACAAGGAAGAGUUUUUAGAAAUAAUUGAAAGUCUGGAUUGCAAAACAAUUGUGAAUAGCUCUAACGUGGAAAUUGUUGGAAACCAAUCCUAAAAGAGCUAAU